AUGGUGGCAUUUAUUCUUGGAAGUUUUGCUAAUAGUUUCAUAGUGCUGGUAAAAUGCAGUGACUGGAUUAAGAGACGAAAGAUCAAACAGAUGAAUAAGUAUGAAGGAAAUAUGACUUGGAAGAGAAAAAGGAAUGAAAAUGAGCCAUUUGUAGUCGAGACGGUAUACACACUGACAACUUUCAUGCCUUUCAUAACAUCCUUGAUCUCUUUUCUGCUGUUAUUCUACUCCCUUUGGAAACAUCUCAAGAAUAUGCAGCUCAAUGGAAAAGGACUCCAGGAUCCCAGCACCAAGGCCCAUAUAAAAGCCAUGCAAACUGUGAUCUCCUUUGUUUUGCUUUUUGGACUUUAUUCUCUGUCUGUUGUUACAUCAUUUUGGGGUGCUCGCAUGUCGGGCACGGGGUGCUUACGUGCCGUGCACGGGGUGUUCACUUGCCGGGCACCGGGUGUUCACACGGUUGUUCACGUGCCGGGCACAGGGUGUUUACGUGCCGGGCAUGUGGUGUUCACGUGCCGGGCACGGUGCUUUCAUGUCGGGCACGGGGUGUUCACGUGCCGGGCAUUGGGUGUUCACGUGGCGGGCACCGGGUGGUCAAUUGCCGGGCACCGGGUGUUCCCACGGGUGUUCACGUACCGGGCACGGGGUGCUCACGUGCUCACGUGGCGGGUACGGGGUAGUCACGUGCCGGGCACUGGGCUCUCACGUGCCAGGCACGCGUUGCUCACCUGUCGGGGACUAGGUGCUCGCAUGUCGGGCACGGGGUGCUUACGUGCCGUGCACGGGGUGUUCUAA